AUGGCCGCGCUGGCGCUGCCGCUGCUGCUGCUGCUGCUGGGGACCCCCAAAACCGCCCCCGAACAGCCCCAAAACCGCCCCGGAACCCCCCGGGACCGCCCCGGAACCCCCCCAGAGACCCCCCCGGGCACCCCCCAGAGCUGCCCCGGAGCCCCCCCGGGGAGCGAGCCCGGAACUCCCCGAAAUUGCCCCGAAAAGCCCCAAAAUUUCAUCCAAAGGUGCCCCGAAAACGCCCAGAAUUGCCCCAAAAUCACCCCCGGGACCCCCCAGAACUGCCCCGGAAUCACCCCCGGGGCUGAGACGGAAAUUGCACGAAAUUGCCCCGAAAAUCCCCAGAAUUGCCCCGAAAAGCCCCAAAAUUGCCCCGAAAAUCCCCGAAAUUGCCCCGAAAAUCCUCCUGAUGUCGACUCCAGGACUGAGCCCGAAAAUCCCGAAAAUUGCCCCAAAACCUCCCAAAAUUGCCCCAAAAAUCCCCCAAACAGCCCCGAAAUUCCUGAAAAUUGCCACGAAACCUCCCAGAAUUGCCCCGAAAAUCCCCAGAAUUGCCCCAAAACCCAGCCCGGGAUCGGCCCCGGGAGCCCCUCGGGGGCUGAGGCCGAAAAUGCCCAAAAUUGCCCCAAAAACCCCGAAAAUUGCCCCGAAACGGAGCCCGGGAGCGCCCCCGAGGAUGGGCUGCUGGUCAUGACCGUGGCCACCGAGGUGACCGAUGGCUACCGGCGCUUCCUGCGCUCCGCCCGCGCCUUCAACUACAGCCUGCAGACGCUGGGGCUGGGCCGUUUUUUGCGUUAA